UAUUACGCUUCUGACACGCUUUUUAUUCUUUUGCAUUGAAAUAUGCGAGAAAUCACAGACACGUUCCAUUUUUGUAUUUUAAAUCUUAUUCGCCGAUAAUCAGCGAAUAAGAUUUUAACACGCCAUUAGAAUAUCUAUUUCACAGCGUCACCCUUGCACUGUGGUGCUCUCCCUGCCAUUGGUCGCAGAGCAGCUUGGUUUUAGAGGAACGCAGUAGAAUCUAAAAUCAUGAGCGCUUGACGGAUUCGGAAUCCGAACUUCGGAUCAGUCCGGGGCCGACCGCCGUUCUGUUGAGUUUGUAGUCCUUCAGCAGGUAGGAAAUACACAAGAUUUUUCGUUCUACUACGCAUGCUCUCCUCGUGGAACUCGUCGUGCCAAAGUCAUUGUUCUGUUGGCACUACCGUAGCAGCGGUGCGAUUGAUAAUCAAGGGUGGCAUUUAUACGUAUAGGUGAAAAAAGUGCGCGCACGUUGUGCGCUAUCGUUAUUCACGUACAAGUUGCCACAUGACAGUCACAUGAACAUAUAUAUAGAAAGAGAGAAAACAGAAAAGAGAAACGUAUUUCGCAUAUAUACACUUCGUAGAGCUUGGCGAGAAAACGAGAAUAAUAAAUACUGGAAAGACAAUAAUAAUAACAAUCACGAUCACGAUAUGAGCUGUCAUUUGCGAAUGAGUGACUGCAUGAAGAAGCUUGAAAUUGCCUGACGUUUGUGGUAUUUUUUUACGAACGUGUUAUUAAAUCCACACAUCGCUAGACUGUCAUCACAAAAACAAUUCAAACCACUCAUCCGAUCAUCACUUCAACCAUCACUUCGAUCAUGACCACUUCGUCUCAACAAUACUGCCUCCGUUGGAAUAAUCAUCGCACAAACCUGCUAACUGUUUUUGGGCAGUUAUAUAAAAACAGCGCCUUCACCGAUGUCACUAUUGCAAUUGAUUGCGGUCAAACUAUCAAGUGUCACAAAAUUGUCCUGGCUGCGUGCUCGUCCUAUUUUCAGACUCUAUUCAUGGAUCUACCGGAUCGCAAUGGCAUACAUCCGAUCGUCGUGCUCAAGGACGUGCAGUUCUCGGAAAUCAAAGCGAUAUUGGAGUAUAUGUAUCACGGUGAGGUGAACGUGGCGCAAGACGAACUGACAGGUCUGCUAAAGAUCGCAGAGAUGCUGAAAGUCAAGGGGUUGGUGGAGGAGAAUGCCGGUAGUAGAGGAGAGGACCAUUCGGCACAUGAUUAUCGCCGUGAAGACACCCCAAUGGAGACAUUGAGGGAGAGAUCGCCGCCGCCAACGAUCAGCACGAGCGGCGGCAACGUGCAUAGCAGCAGCCACGUCCCGUCACCGCCGCACUCUUCAACCGGCAGUUACGGUAUGUACAAUUCUACGGUCGAAAAUCACCUCACCUCGUCGAUGUGGUCAUCGAUGCCGCAGACGCUGCCGCAGUCGCUGGCGCUGUCGUUGUCGGGUCAUCAACCGUCAACGCACUCUACCUCUUCGAUCCUCGGCGGCUCUUACGACAGCUACGAGACGUCGCCGCAUAAGCGCAAGAAAAAAAUGAUGCAACCGGGUUUGCUGGUUCACGACAAGGAGUCGAUUCAGGGGUCAAUACUGAGAAAAGUACUCAACGUAAGUCAUGCUGACAGCUCGCAGAGCAUGCCACUGCUGCAAUCCGACAGUCACGAAUCGAUCUACUACCAUAGCGGUUGCAGUAAUAGUGAACGCCCUACGAACGGCAAUCGCCGCACUAGCAUCGACCCCAUUGCCCAGGGAGAGAUUAUCCACAGCCCCGGCUCAGAUGAAGAUGAGAAACAACUGUCGCCACAGUCUGUCGGGAAGACCAAUUCGGGUAUCGCAAAUCAGUCAUUAAACCAAUCGAAGCCCGAAUGGAAGCGAUACAAGCAAUACACGCGGGAUGACAUCAUGUCGGCGAUCAGCGCAGUGCAGAACGGCAUGAGCGCUGUGCAAGCGGCACGUAAAUACAACGUUCCAUCCCGUACGUUGUACGACAAGGUGAAGAAGCUUGGCAUUCAGACAUCGCGGCCGCCCAAGCGCAUGCUGGGAAGCAACGGUGCCAACGCGACCUGGUAUGGAGUUGCCGGUAAUGCAAACGGUGGCGUUUACAACAGUGCCCAGCCUAAGGAUGCAAACGUGAACGUCAAUGUCGCGGAAAGCAGUGUCAGCAAGGGCGCUGCCACGACCGGCUCACUUGAGGUAACUUACUCUAACAUCGCGGCGGACAUACCGCAGGAUCGUGAUUCAAUGUCGGAUACGACAUGCUCCGCUCAGAGUCCGCUCAUACGUCUCCCUAAACAAGAACUACAAAGCGUGGACGACGAAGUGGAGGAUUUGUCGAUCUGCAUUUACUACCUGCUAUGCAUAGCAGCAGUGGACUUAACGUUUACCUCCGAUGCGGAGAUUACCACGACAGAAAAUCGAGAUUGCCCACCAGAAUGCAUUUGCCUUUCCCCGAAACAGGUACUCUGCAAUACAGGCGGCCUCGAGGACAUACCGACGCAACAGCUGUCGGAGUCCGUGGAAGAGUUGUCACUGACGAAAAACAACUUUCCGUUGAUAAAGGGCGACGCGUUCUCCGGUCUCAAGGUCCUGCGUAAGCUCACUCUGGACGGCAACAACAUUACAUCGAUACGCCCGUUCGCGUUUCGCGGCCUACACCGACUGCGCGAAUUGUCGAUCCAGCACACGCCGCUGCCAUGCAUCGAGCAGUUUUCGUUCGCCACGCUGCAGAACAUCUCGGUGCUGCUGCUGGCGAACAACAAGAUCCGCUACGUCGAGGGCUACUCGUUCGCCGGCACGUCCAACGUGAACGUGAUCCUGCUGAGCAACAAUCCGUUGCUGACCAUUCGCAGCCACGCGUUCGCCGGCCUCACGUAUGUCAACAGCCUCAUCUUUCCAUCCGGGAUCCGCACGAUUGAGCAGGGCGCGUUCGACGGCCUCCAGCACGUCGGCCAGCUCAAGCUCAGCUACAUGGAUCUGUCCGGGCUGCAGGCCUACACCUUCCGCGGUCUGUCGAAUGUACGCUCGCUCUACAUCCAGGAGAGCGAUCUCGGCAUCGUGCAGAGGAAUGCGUUCGCCGGCCUCACACACGUCGAUCGUCUCAACGUACUCAACAACAAGGUGGACCUGAUCGAGCGUCUAUACCUGCGCCACGAAAACUACAUUGAGAUGUUGCGCUUCCACGGCAAUCAUGUGCUGGAGGCGCCGCGUCACGCCCGCGACGUUGUCCUCGAGGUGGACACGAUCAGCGCGAUCGAUAAUCACUUCCCGUGCGACUGCCAGGCGCACAACGUCCUCGAGAGUGACUUUGCGCGCGGCGACAGCGUCGAGUUUCAACGGCGAAACUAUUGCAUCUCGCCGUUCGAGUACAACGGCAAGCCUAUGAACGUCGUUGACUUCGAUCUCGUCGCACGAUGUCACGACAACGUGAUUCAGGACAACCUCGGCUCGGGCGUCGUCGAGGUAUCUCGUCUCUCGGCGCUGUUGCUGAUCGCCUUCUUGCUCUCGACAAACUUCUUCCGAUGAGCAUCUUGCCAGUCGAUUCUCCAAUGGUCGUCCCUUAUAAUUACUCGUAGCGAUGGUAAGAGAACAGCCAGGUUUUUAUGUAAACGCUUAAUUGUACGGCUUAUCGAGAGAUCCCUCUUGCCUUCGUUUUCGUACAGCAAAGUCCUCGUAGUUCGGUAAAGCUGUCGAAGCAAAAAGGUAUCUCGCACGAAUUACGUUAAGUGUAUCGUUAUCACAGUAGAGUAUUGUACUGAUCUUCUAUGACUUAAUACGAUCUCAAAAAGACGUACUAUAUCGCAUUAGAAUUAUAUUAAAGAGAAUAGUUUCGCAAUUCGAAAAAGUCAAUUUGUAGAAAGCAAAGCUGCGAACUUCAACUAGAUCUAUAACAUUAACAGACGUGCGCGCGCGCGAAAUUUCAUUCUAUGGUAUCAAAGUGACUGAUAAAAUAACAAACCGAGAUAACGAAAUUUAUAAUCUUUAUUUCUUAAAUUAUAAAUAAAUUUAUCCUUUUUGCAUUAGAGAGACAAUUUAAUUAUAAAUUAUUUUUCUUUUUAGUCCGCUCGGUUUAUUAUUGUCUUCUCAAAAAUUCUUUCCAAUUAUAAAUGAAACUUUUUUCAAUUUUUAUUAUUUUUUUUACAAAUAGAUGAUUUCCUUUUUCGUUUUUCACGGCUUAUCAAUAUGUUCUAAAGAUUCUUUUACAUUAUAAAAGAGACUCUCUUGAUUUUUUAUUAUUUUUCCCCCUACACAAACACAUACAUGUGAACUAUUCUCGGAAACUAUUCUAAACAAAAAGAUCCAUUAACUUUCAUCUUUUAUUUAGUUUCGAUAUUCUGCAGUAAAAAAUAAUCUUAUUUGAAAGGAAAUUAAAUAAUCGGAAAAAAUUUUGUUCUGAAAAAGAAAAGAUCUAUUAACUUUUUUUUUUAUUUAGUUUCGAUAUUCUGUAGUGAAAAAUAAUCUCGCUUGAAGAGAAAAUCGGAAAAGAUAUUGCUGAGAUAUUGAGAGGAGAUGUAAAUCCAAGAAAAAAGGGAAACAGCAAUAUGUUAUUGCCUCCGUUUGUUCACAAUGUUGCUUUCGUCAAUAUUAGAUUGAGCAUACGAUCGUUCGUAGAUAACGAGAGAUUUAUUUACGCGAAAAAUUAAUUGUCAUGGCUGUAGGAUGAAGAAAAUGCGGCUAAUCACUAAUGCCGAACGGAUACAUAUCCUUUCGCACAUAUAAAAACGGCUCAAAUACUUAUCGUGAUCUUAUAUAUCGAGAAUAUUGUUGAGUGUUUUUUUAUUUUCACGAUCAUAGAAUGUUUAGGGACAAAAAGUAUAAGCCUAUUGUAUAUCCAUCUAUCAUAUAUCCCAAGUUUUGCGACGAUAAUAAGUGUUACCAUUAUUUAGAACACUAUUAUAUUGUUAUACAUCAUUUAGUUAAUCGAUUCUUUACUUCGGCAUAAAUCAAUACUUUUGUACAAUGACGCAUUUGACGCCGAAUGUGGUCUUCUGUCUUGCAUCAGCCAUAUCCUGCGCGGCCUUUUUCGUCGGAAAGAUAUGUUUGAGGUCUAAGGUGAAUUGAAAUUCGGGAAAGCAUAUUUAGCGUUUAAUGCGUAAUGAUGAUGCGGGUCUAUGUACACGUGUAUACGUUAGCACUCUUCUCACGAUCAAUCGAAGCUAGUCUGCCGCGAAUUCAUAAUCGUUCGAUCGCGGAUAUGUAAUGUUAUGAGGUAGUAUGUUUAAUAUACGAGCUUUAACUGGCCGGCAUACUGGACCAGCACUGUCGCAUCCACUUAAGGCUUAUUUGAAGCUUCGAAAUCUUGAGUGGGAGCGCCGUAAAUGACAUGUUCCCAGGGGCAGAGAAACGGAAAGAAAGCGACGAUUUCAAAUUUGUUGAGCGAAAAGCUGACACGACUUCAUUUGACUUCUUUUUAUAGCAGCCAUUAAAGUAAUUGUUGAAAUUUUGCGUUAUAUUUUUACAUAAAAAUACGAUAUUCGAAAGCUAAUAAAUGGAAACAGUUUUAUUCCAGACUAAAUUUUUACUUCCAAUAUUUUCCUAAGAAUCCGAGCUAUGCCCCUGUGCGUUCACAGCUGCUAUCCGAUUCCACUAGUAAAAUUAAGAAAUUAUUCAAAUAAUCCGGAAAUGAUGAAAGUAUUUAGCUAUUAAGUAAACAUGUUUAAUUGCAUUGGUGCAUAAGAUCAUCAAAGAGCGCUCGACGCUUGAAUUUAUCUUUAAAAUUUAUCUCGACACUCGACAGAAUUAGAAUUCCUGCGAAAAUAUGGUUUAAAAGCAAUUGGCAAAGAUGUGAAAUCUGUGAUUGUAAAAUCUGUUUUUUAUCUGUAAAAUUAAAUAUUUAUUUUAAGUUAAUUUUGAAAUUAUUUUUUUAUUAAAUAGAUUAAGGAAAGUAAAUGUUUAUUUUUUAUAUAGAAAGAAAUGUUUCAAUUUUUAUAUACUUGAUUGUUUGCUUGAUUGUGCACUUAAAUAAUUGAAUUUGCAUAUUCUUGAUUGUCCUAGUUUCAGGCUCUGUUUACCUUUCUUCAUUUAUUAUUUAUAGAAAUGUAACACAUUAGAGGUGGAAAUGGAUUUUAUCCACUGGACAACAGUGUAUUAUGCUCAACACUUUAGAUGAAUAACUAUUGACCUUAUAAAUCUUCUUUUCUAAGUUAUCCAGGUGCGUAUAAGAAUUAAUCGUAAUAAUCGAACAAUAAAGUGAAAGGUACUCAUUAGGGUUGCUUCAACAGGGGAGCCUUAAUAUGGAAUUCUGCAUACCAUUAAUAUCGCUGCCCUGUCAAUCUUAUUGGCAUUAUCUAAGAAAUUGCUUAUCAUCCAACAUUUAGAAAUCGUGAAAAUUUGCUUUCAUUAAAACUAGAAUUAUUAAUUAGACAAAGCAACUGACUUCUAAAGUCACGCUCUCAAGUUAAAUUUGAUACUGUGAACAAUUGUGCGUACAAUUUGUAUAGAAACGUGUUCUGUGCCAAUAUUUUAUAUUUACUUGAUGUCAUAAGUCACGUAAAUAUUUGAAAAUACGGAAAAGAGAAAGAAAGUAUUGAUUACGAGCAACUUUCAAUAAUAUAUGCCACAGAACAUUUUGUUCUUCUCAUAAUCGAGUUUGUGAAAAAUACUGCUUUAUAGAUAAAAAUACAUUGGCGUCCAAAGUGUAUACGUGCAUAUAUAUAUAUAUAUAUGCACAUGUAUGUAUAUGGUAUAUAUACAUAUAUACCAUGGGCUGAAUCAGAAUUAUAUGAAGUAAUGCUACAUAUGCUUACAACUAAAAAAAAAACCUAUAUAAAGCGUGUUUCGCUGCCACUCAUAACGUGAGAUUUGCUUGGCCUUCGGUCAGCAUAAUAACCGAGGACCAACCUAGCUUAUAUUUUUUACCAAUGUUUAAAAUAGCGUUUAAUAGACACGAUUAUUGAAAUCUGUAAUCUUUCAUUGUAGUUAAAAUGUCCUGUCAUAUAAUAAAUGGAAUAAAACAUUAACAUACAUCAUA